GUUAAAUUGAGCCUCCGUUGCUGCCGUGGUUUGACAGAGCUCUUUAUUUUUUUCUCUUUCUCUCUCCCCACUGGCAUACAGCACUCCUCCAUUCCUUUAUAUAACGCAUCAACCAUCACUAUUUAAAUUAAAUACAUAACAAUGGCGCCUCCGCCGCCAAAUAACGUCGACGCCAAAACCUUCAACAUGACCGCACCUACGUACCGUCGCUCCGGUUCAGGAGGGGCGGGUCCUUUCGCCCCUUCUUCAGCUACAGCAACCUAUACCACGAAAUCAACUCCAGCAUGGCAGCGACGACAUUUCUCCAACCAUCGACUACCACUUUCAUACAACGAAAAGGGCAGCAAUAGUGGACGCAUUCACAAUUUCUUUGCACGCUACUGCCGACGGUGGCGGUGGUGGAACGUACUAUGUCUGCUUAUCCUGGCCCUAGGGCUGAUACAGCUGGCAGCGGUGUUCGUGGGCGGCGCUUUACUACACAGACAACCUCCACCGAUCCGCAUAGCUCUGCGACAAUACCCCGCCGUGCGAUACCAACCAUUGCAAGAACACGCGCUUGCAACGCCAAUCACACGAGGCACGACCGUAUAUCACGUCACCAAGGAAUUCGGCAGUGCAUCCAUGGGCGGCAUGGGCAUGAUUGUCACUGCACUCGCCUCUGCACAGCAGCGGUCGGGAUUGGUGCGUUCCGCCGUUGUGAUGCCAUACUACUCGUUCCUUAAGAACAAGCAUCGUCCCGAAAAGGUUAUCGAUCUCGUUAUCGACGUCCGCGACAAAAACGGCCGUUUAAUACCAAUGGAAUUCAGAGUCUGGCGAAUGAUUCAUAUUAUUGAUUCCGAAACAGCAGCCACUAUUUCAGCCAACGCAGCGAAUUCGACGCUAUCAGUAAUGGAUCAAGCCAAACAAUUACCGCUGACAGAACAGGUGCCUGUGUAUCUGAUUGGCCCUGGCAAUCGCAAGCCGUUCAACCUAGCCUUCCGGGCCCGCAAGACGUUGGAUAUCUACUCUUGUCCACCGGGAUUACCACAGGAAUGGAAGGAUCAGUAUUUUGACAAGGCAGUUGCAGAAUUCCUGGUGCACCAGGCAGCAUCGCCAGACGAAGUACCGUUGUUUGCACCAGCACGAGUUACUCGCCACGUGGAUGUGGUUCAUAUCCAUGGUGCUACGAACGCGUAUAUCGCAAAGCAUCUCAAAGACUUCCAGCGACGCAAUCAAUUGGGACCGCGGCCCCCGGUGAUCAUGUAUACGAUGCACGACUACCUUGACGAAUUGCAGUAUACGAAUACAUGGAACAAUGUGAAAAAGUUCAUGAACGAGCCGGACGAAAUGAUCAACAAGUACAUGCGUGGCAACCGGGUGUUCAUGUCGAGUAUGGGUAUAGAUUACGCGGACGUGGUGACGUUUGUGAGCGGGGCCAUGGCAAAAGAUAUAGUAGAAGGACGCGACGAUUUUUAUCUCAAAGAGCUGGUCAUGCAAAGCAUACUGCGGAAAGCAGAACGAGGCCGGUUCUUUGGCAUUACCAAUGGCGUCGAUUUCGGUACGCUGAAUCCGUUCACGCAUCCUCGACUGAUCCAGCGCAAGUCAGAUUUCCCCGAGUUUGGUCGAGCACUGAUCCAGCAGCAGACCAAGACGCUGACGGACGAGCGCACAGUAUGGCACCUGGCACCCACGACCAAAGAGUAUGUCAUGUCGGCCAAGGACCGGGCUAAAAAAUACCUGAUCCGACGCAAUCGGCUCAGUAAAGAAGAUUUGGAUCGACCUGUGGUUUUGUUCGUGGGUCGAUUCCAGUACAACAAGGGCUUGGAGAUAUUUGAGACGGCAGUGCAAUAUUUUGUGAAACACAACAUGAAGUUUGUCAUCAUUGGACAGCGGAACAAUUACCCCUUGGAGUGGGUCAAGGCGCUUCAGGAACGGUAUCCAGACAACGUCAUUGUCAUGUCAACGGCUCAGCAACAACGUCAGUGGUCUGUGUAUUAUCGUGCUGCGGCCGAUUUUGCGUUCGUGCCUAGUCUCACCGAGAGUUUUGGACUGGUGGCUGCCGAGGGCUUGCUGUUUGGCUCGCCUGUGAUAUCAACUGGAGCGGGUGGAUUAAAGGAAUUUUUGAUUGAUCGACCUGUGGAUGGAGCGCGCAACAAGGUUCAUGUGACGCGCGACAAGCACACCAACGCGCCUAUCGUGACGAGCAAGGAGAAUUACAAUGCGUACCUGUUUGAGCCAGCAACACUGGGCAAGGCGAUUGAGGAUGCUGCUGAAGAUUAUCGGCGCAACAAGGAGAGCAAGGUUCGAAGGGAAGAGUUUAUCUUACGGAUGAUUCGAAGUGCAUUUGCACUAGGGUGGGAUCGCGGGCAGCAGCAAGGACCUGUGCACGACUAUUUGCAAGCAUACAACAUUGCCAUUUCCGAGAGAAGGAUACCACGUUUAAGCAGACAUGAACUUACCGAGGAGCAGGCUCUUUUGAGUCGUCUGCAAGUAUAAUAACAUCAAUCCCUACUCACUUAAACUCUUGACGCACAAGCAACAAGCACCACCUGUAAUAUAUUAUCUAUUAUCUUCUUCCUCCUGUCACAUAUAGAUCCAUUUGUCACCUAUCCGCAUCUCCUUCUUUUCCCACCUCAUUGUUUCAAUAAUCUUUUAAUACACACGCAAUGUACCAUGUUCUGAUGCUUGGUAAUGAAAUACAAACGAG